AUGUCUACACCUUAUUUGAUUACUGAUUUCUCUACUAAAUCUUUUUCUGAAGAUAUUCAAAAUUCUCUUCAGAAAACUAGAAAUUUUGCUGAACCUGAUUAUUCAGAGGGUUCUAAUUCUAAGAAUUCCAUUAAAUAUAAUCGUCAUAAGCAUUCUGCUAAAAUUAAUCGCUCUAAAGAACAAUGCCUAAGAAUUAGACAAAAAGUUGUACCAGUUCAUGAAUAUAUCAACAAACUUAGUGAUGAACUUAGUGAUGAAACCUUCAAACUUUGUAAAAUAUGCCAAAAUAAGUGGGCUGAAG